UGCGGCACCCGGAGCGCCCGGAGCAGGCCGCCCCCUGGCCGCCACGAGCCAUGGACGGCCGGCACACUGGAGUCGCGGCCGGCGCCGUGCUGUGCGUGCUGCUGACCGCGUUGGCGGGGUGCAGCGACGCACGAUCACCGAUCCACACGACGCCGCCGCCGACGGCGACGACGCCGUCCUCGCCCUGGAGCCUGCGGCGCAUCCUGGACCGCGUCCCCGUGCUGCGGCGCCUGUUCCCCGCCGAGAACGCCGAGCAGAAGGAGAAGGCCGUGGACGACAAAGUGCUGGCGCCGCAAGAGCAGACGACGCCGGAGUUCUACGACGCGACGCCCGACUACUCCGUCACCGACUACUAUGACGAAGUCCCGACGCCGUCCUUGCCGACGCUCCCGCCGUCCUUGCCCACCGGUCUGCCCCCGGCCGGGAACGCCACGACGGCAGAGCCGCCCGCGACCUCCGCGUCCCCGCCGCCCGACGAGCAGCCCCCGCCGACGGAGGGCCCGCCGUCGUCGUCGCCGCCCCCAGCACCUCCCGACGAACCAGAUGAAACGCCGACAAUGCCGGGUCCACCGCCGGCAGAGCCAGCCCCACCUACGGAGGAAUCUCCUCCACCUGCCUCGUCGCAACCACCACCACCUGCCUCGUCGCCCGAACCUCCACCACCUGAUUCGCCACCAGACCCUUCACCGUCUGCGUCGUCACCAGAACCUCCACCACCUGCCUCGUCGCCCGAACCUCCACCACCUGCUUCGUCACCAGAGUCUACACCACCUGCCUCGUCACCAGAACCUCCACCGGCUGCGUCGCCGGCCCCACCACCACCCCCACCGCCGCCAGCCCCGACUGCGUGUGUUCCACAAGCCGCGAAGACCAAGACCGUCGUGUACGUGCCGCAGCCCGUCAUCCGCUACGGCUACUUCCCCAGGCCGCCGCCGCCCAGGCCGCCGCCGCCAGUGAUCGUCGUCAACAGCCAGCUGCGAAAUAAAGAGGGAUUCAAGAGGAUUACUACUUCAAACAAAACAAAAGUAUGA